AUGAGGAAGCUUACGUGCUGGGCAAAGAGAGAGCCAUAAGGGGCAGGUGUCUUUGUUUUAAAAGCCUUGCCACUGUUUCACUUGGCCUUUUCUCUCUGGCGAAUAAAAUCACUACCUUUUUUUCGUUUCGGUGAUAAAAAUCUCAAAUUUUCUAGACCCUUGGGAGUUUAGACCAAGCUUUUGACGCCUAAGUGAUUGCAUAGGCUCCUGGCUUUUUCUAGAUCCUAUGAUACCUCUCUGAAAGUGAUUGGUAUUAAAUCAGUGAUUCAUUGGAUUCCCUGCACCAUACAGGUUUGUUCAUAAUUGAGUUAGAGGAGUUGCUAUCAAAUUUCUAUUAAAAAUGAGUGGAGCUGUGCUUGUGGCUGUUGCUGCUGCUGUUGGAAACUUACUGCAGGGAUGGGAUAAUGCUACUAUCGCAGGGGCUGUUUUGUACAUAAAGAGGGAAUUCAAAUUAGAGAGUGAACCCACUGUAGAAGGGCUAAUCGUGGCCAUGUCACUUAUUGGAGCCACUUUGAUUACAACAUUUUCUGGAGCCAUAGCAGACUGGCUAGGCCGCCGUCCUUUGCUGAUAAUCUCAUCUGUCCUUUAUUUUAUUAGUGGUCUUGUAAUGUUGUGGUCUCCCAAUGUUUAUGUGCUGUUGUUUGCUAGACUUUUAGAUGGAUUUGGAAUUGGUUUGUCUGUUACUCUCGUUCCUGUUUAUAUAUCUGAGACCGCACCGCCUGAAAUAAGGGGAUUACUGAAUACUUUACCUCAGUUCUCUGGUUCUGGGGGAAUGUUUAUGUCAUAUUGCAUGGUGUUUGGGAUGUCAUUGAUGCAAUCACCUAGCUGGAGGUUGAUGUUGGGGGUUCUUUCUGUUCCUUCUCUUGUUUACUUUGCACUGACAGUAUUCUUCUUGCCUGAGUCUCCACGGUGGCUUGUUAGUAAAGGGCGUAUGCUUGAGGCCAAGCAGGUUUUGCAGAGGCUGCGUGGCAGAGAAGAUGUCUCUGGUGAGAUGGCUUUACUAGUAGAGGGUCUUGGAGUUGGGGCUGAAACAUCUAUCGAGGAGUACAUUAUUGGCCCAGACAAUGAGAUUAUGGAUGAUGACCAGGAUCUCUCUGGUGAAAAAGAUCAAAUUAAGUUAUAUGGCCCUGAAGAGGGUCUCUCCUGGAUUGCCAGACCUGUUACAAGACAGAGUACUGUUGGCCUUGUGUCUCGGCAUGGAAGCAUGGCAAGUCGUAGCGGUCUUGUAGAUCCUCUUGUAACCCUCUUUGGCAGUGUCCAUGAGAAGCUCCCUGAAGCAGGAAGCAUGCGAAGCAUGCUUUUUCCGCACUUUGGCAGCAUGUUCAGCGUUGGAGGAGGAAAUCAACCGAGACAGGAAGAGUGGGAUGAAGAGAGUCUUGCCAGAGAGGGUGAGGAGUAUGUAUCUGAUGCUGCUGCUGGUGAUUCUGAUGACAAUUUGCAUAGUCCAUUGAUCUCACGUCAGACGACAAGCCUAGAAAAGGAGUUGGGCCCACCUCCCCAUGGCAGCCUUUCAAGCAUGAGGCAUGGCAGUACUACACAAGAACCAGUCAGUAGCAUGGGGAUUGGUGGUGGUUGGCAGCUGGCUUGGAAAUGGUCUGAGAGAGAAGGCAAAGAUGGCAAGAAAGAAGGAGGGUUUAAAAGAAUUUAUUUGCACCAGGAGAGUGUACCUGGAUCUGUGCGUGGGUCUCUAGUUUCUAUUCCUGGUGUUGAUGCCACACCAGAUGGUGAGGUUAUCCAGGCUGCUGCUUUGGUAAGUCAACCUGCUCUUUAUUCUGAAGAUCUUAUGAAGCAGCAUACAGUUGGACCAGCUAUGGUACACCCAUCCGAAGUUGCUGCAAAAGGGCCAAGUUGGGGUGAUCUUUUUGAACCAGGUGUGAAACAUGCAUUGGCUGUUGGGGUGGGACUUCAAAUACUUCAGCAGUUCUCCGGCAUAAAUGGGGUUCUGUACUACACACCUCAAAUUCUCGACCAGGCAGGUGUUGGAGUUCUUCUUUCAAACUUGGGCCUUAGUUCGUCUUCUGCAUCUCUACUUAUUAGUGCAAUAACAACUUUGUUGAUGCUUCCUGCUAUAGCUGUUGCCAUGAGGCUCAUGGAUGUCUCUGGCAGGAGGACUUUGUUGCUUACCACAAUCCCUAUCUUGAUACUAUCUCUUGUCAUCCUAGUCCUUGGAAGUCUUGUGGAUAUGGGCAGUGUUGUGAAUGCAUCAAUCUCAACCGUUAGUGUUAUUCUCUACUUCUGCUUCUUUGUCAUGGGGUUUGGGCCAGUCCCCAACAUUCUCUGUGCAGAGAUCUUCCCCACCCGAGUUCGUGGCCUCUGCAUUGCCAUAUGUGCCCUCACAUUUUGGAUAGGUGACAUCAUUGUCACCUACACACUCCCAGUGAUGCUCAAAUCCAUUGGCCUCGCCGGUGUUUUUGGUUUGUAUGCGAUUGUGUGCCUCAUAUCAUGGGUGUUUGUUUUCAUUAAAGUCCCUGAAACCAAGGGUAUGCCACUUGAAGUGAUUUCCGAGUUCUUCUCAGUUGGUGCUAAGCAGACUGCAGACACCAAGAAAAAUUAACUUGGUUGCCAUGAUGUAUUGAAAAUUUUGACUAGUGUUUGUCUUUCUGCUUUCAUUUGGGUCAGUUUUUUUAUCAUAUACUUUUGGGUUAUGGGAAGCUUGAUUUCUGUAGGAUAAAAAAAAAGUAUCAUAUUUUUCUUGUAAACAUUAGUUUAUGGCUGAAAUGAAUGACUUUAUUGUA